UGGAUGUACCUUGAGCAGCUGAGCUGGAGCAGACAGAGCUGGAGAGACAGCUGGAAGGAGAGCCGUGUCUGGGGGAGAGCACCCGGUCCUGCCCCCGCUCUGCUGCUGCUUGGAUACCCUGCGCUCUACUCUUGGAGGGGACCUCUACUUUCUAGAUGCCCCCAGGUGUAGGGCAGCCGGCCAGUGACACAGGCGACCUUGGACGUGCCAGCCGCCUCCCUCCCCUCCUCUGAUCGUCGUGCUCCUGCUGAUCCAAGAUGCCAGGCUAUGACUACAAGUUCCUGGAGAAGCUCAGGCGCAAGUUCCAGUGCCCACUAUGUGGCAAGGCUAUGAGGGAGCCGGUGCAGGUGUCCACCUGUGGGCACCGCUUCUGUGACACCUGCCUGCAGGAGUUCCUCAGUGAAGGUGUUUUCAAGUGUCCAGAAGACCAGCUACCACUGGACUACGCAAAGAUUUACCCGGAUCGAGAGCUGGAAACUCAAGUCCUCUGUCUGUCCAUUCGAUGUAUACAUAGCGAGGAGGGGUGCCGCUGGAGUGGGCAAAUAAAACAACUCCAGACUCAUCUCAACACUUGUGCCUUCAAUGUGAUCCCCUGUCCCAACCGAUGCAGCACCAAACUGAUACGCAGGGAUUUGCCAGAUCAUAUGCAGCAUGAUUGCCCGAAACGCAAGGUCCGCUGUGAAUUUUGUGGUAAUGACUUCACGGGAGAGGCCUUUGAGGAUCACCAGGGCUCCUGUCCACAAGAAAGUGUGUAUUGUGAGAACAAGUGUGGCGCUCGAAUGAUGAGGCGCGUACUGUCACAGCAUUCGCUGGCCGAGUGCCCCAAGCGUACUCAGCCAUGCCCUUACUGCAGCAAGGAGUUUGUGUUUGACACUAUCCAGAGUCACCAGUUUCAGUGUCCACGGUACCCUAUCUCCUGUCCUAACCAGUGUGGCAUUGCCAGCAUUGCCAGAGAAGAUCUGAGUGGGCAUUUAAAGGACAGCUGUAGUUCUGCUUUGGUACUUUGUCCGUUUAAGGAGUCUGGUUGCAAACACAGGUGCCCUAAGAUUGGAAUGAGCAGACAUCUAGAAGAGAAUAUGAGAGCCCACCUCAGUAUGAUGUCCGCUUUGGUUAGCCGACAGAGGCAGGAGAUUGUAGAGUUGCGGAAGCAGGUGGAGGAACUGUCUGUAAGCAGUGAAGGAAUACUUAUAUGGAAGAUCAGCGACUAUUCCCGCAAAAUUCAAGAAGCCAAGGUCCGGGGCAACUUUGAGUCAUUUAGCCCACCCUUUUAUACACACCGAUAUGGCUACAAGCUCCAAGUAUCUGUAUUCUUAAAUGGUAAUGGCAGUGGUGAAGGCAGCUACCUUUCAGUUUAUAUAAGAGUCCUCCCUGGAGAGUAUGACAGCCUGCUAGAAUGGCCUUUCUCAUAUCGUGUCACAUUUUCAUUACUUGACCAAAGUGAUCCUUCCUUGUCCAAACCCCAACACAUCACAGAAACCUUUAACCCUGACCCAAACUGGAAGAACUUCCAAAAACCAAGUGGCUCUCGAAAUUCCCUGGAUGAAAGCACCCUUGGCUUUGGCUAUCCUAAGUUUAUUUCUCAUGAGGACAUCAGAAAACGCAACUAUGUACGUGAUAAUGCUAUAUUUCUUAGAGCAUCCGUGGAUAUUCCUCAGAAAAUCAUUGCAUAACUGGAAUGUUUGGACCUUUCAGGGAGAUUUGUUUUCGCACUAUAACCAGUAGUGUUAUCUCCAGUUUCAGUUCGUGAGUUGUAUCACUACCUAAGAUGGUCUAGCUUGAAGGAGGAGGAUGGUUACAAAAGAGGUACAGAUGUUUUGUCCUCCAGUUAGUGUAAAUUUGCAUUUAUAUGACCAGGUCAACUGUGAAGCCUUGGAGAUAGGAAGAUGGUUUUCUAAGCCAUUCCUACAUUUUUGGAGAUGAUGUUCCAAAAGAAACUUCAACAGUCUAAGUGACCAAAAGUUCACCUUUGUUCUUCUCUUUUGGCAACUACAGCUGCUGCUAAACUGAGACAAAAUUUGUCACCUGGCAUCUUUCCAUGGCAGCAAACGGAGAGCCUGUAUAGAGCAUCUUUUUUUUGCAUCUCACAAUACUAGAUUUUGGACUGUGAGAACCUACAGUGCAAUAGACUGCUGAACAUUGUAGAGGAAAGGGAGACUUGGAUCAAUGUUCUCCGAGCUGCAAAAGAAAUCCUUUUUGGUCUUUUGAGGUGUUUGUGAGGUCAGCACCUAAGAAGCUUGUCACUCAGAGAGCAAAACUAAAGUCCGGGUGCUAACAUAAAGCCAAAGUGUCCAACCAAGGAGAGAGGACUGCGAGGUGUACCCCAGGCAAUACAACAGAGACGGGUCUACCUCAGGAGUGUUUGUGGUGCUGGCAUCAUGUUCGAGGAAGCUUGUGUAACUCUUAGCCUAAGCGAGUACUUUGGCUACAAAUGGUUCAAGGGUUUUCAAAAGGACACUGGCCUGGAAGUGUGCCGAUGACAUGCACAUCACACGACAAAUGGAGGAGUGUCUUCGGGCCCUUUGUCACCCAAGGUGGCCGCCAGGUUGGGUGCAUUUGUAUUCCGCGCAGCAGCAUUUUCUACUAUUUUGUAGCCUUUUUACUCAUUUUGUAAUUGACAGUUUGAUAAUGAUAUGUAUUUGGACAGCUUUGGGAAUUGAUUCUAAUGAUUUCUUAGCUGGGGUAUUCGGUUACUGAUUCUUGUAUAAUGAGAAUGAUCUGUUUGAUGUGACUUCUCUAACGUGAAUACUGCAGCUCUGUACAAUUUGGUGAAUAAAAUCCUAUAGUGAAUUAAC